AGAUCCUGAUCUCAACGCGACUUUCUACACCAAUGACGUCGGUCCGGCGAUAGCAGCCACAGCACACACUAGCCACACAUUGCUCCGGGUAGGCCAAACUGACUGCCCCACCAUGGCCUUCUCACUUCCACAGGCAGCCAGCCAAGCUAUGAUACAUCCUAGUGCUUCCAUCAUCAACGCGACGCCAUCGCCAGCACCACCUCACAUCGCCCACCACACACCGCAGCCAUGGCCGCCGACAAGCCCACAGAGACUCCUGCUGCCGCCGAGAAAAAGCCCGAAGAGACCAAGACCGCCAAACCCGCAGCGCUUGGCGAGGACGACGAGUUCGAGGACUUUCCCGUGGAAGACUGGCCAGAGAACGAGACCGAGGCCGCAGCGCAGGGCGAGUCGAGCAAGCACUUGUGGGAGGAGAGCUGGGACGACGACGACACGAGCGACGACUUCUCGCAGCAGCUCAAGGCUGAACUACAAAAGGUCGAGGCGGGCAAGCGGAAAUAGACAAGCACAAUCAUGACAUGAGUUACGAAGAUACAAA